AUGAAGUACGUUUUUGUCUCGGUCCCUGCUUUAGGAGAUAAGCAGAAUACCUUUUUAAAUAUCAAGGGUAAACUAGCAGAAUAUGCUCAAACCUACCAUUAUACCAUCCCCGAAUUCAAGAUUGGUACUUUGGAUGCACUCGUAGUUUUAUCGGAUGACCUCGUUAAAUAUGACGCAGCAUUUGAGCAAUCUGUAAACAAGUUGACGGAUAUAUUAAACACUUUGAUAAAGGGUCAACAACAACCUCUUCAAGGGUUCUUGUUGGUGAAUGACAAACCUUUGGAUCAGUUCAUUGCUACUUUUCAAUGGAACACAAUGAAGUAUCGUACAGAUAAAUCUUUGCAGGAAACAACAGCUACUUUAAACCAGGAAGUUACUGCGAUUGAUAAUAUCAUGAAGAACAAGUUGAAUACAUAUACUCAGACGAAGAACGCACUUCAAACAUUACAGCGUAAAGAGACUGGCAACUUGUCGGUUCGUAACUUGAACGGUAUUGUAAAAAAGCAGCACUGUGUAUUGAACUCUGAAUUCUUGACUACCUUGAUCGUUGCUGUUCCCAAGUCACUCUAUAAGCAGUGGAACAACAAGUAUGAAACCUUGACAGACAUGGUUGUUCCUCGUUCUUCCAUUAAAAUAACAGAGGAUGAUGAGUUUGGCUUAUUCACUGUCACCGUCUUUCAGCGUGUCGCUGACGAAUUCUGUCACAAGGCAAGAGAGGAGCGUUUCAUUCCUCGUGACUUCAAAUACAAUGAAGAUGCUUUACAGACUCAACAAAGAGAGUUGGAGGAAACCAUCCAAACUGAACGUGAGCAGCAUGCUGAAUUACUGCGUUUGGCCAAGACAAACUUUGGUGAAGUCUUUGCUUCUUGGUUACACCUGAAGGCAUUGCGUGUCUUUGUCGAAUCUGUCCUUCGUUAUGGUUUGCCUCCUGAUUUCUGCUCAGUCACCAUUUGUGUAAGUGCUUUUAUGAUUGACCACGUCGCAUCUAAUCCCCCUUUUUUGUGUGUAGCCCAAGCCCAAAUUUGAGAAAAAGGUAGACGAUGUUAUGGUUGCUCAGUAUGGUCGUUUAGGUGGUGUCCAUGGACAAGCCAUCAAACAGGAACAACAAGAAGAAAUACUGGACCACGACUUACAAUCUGUCAAUGAUAACAACUAUCGACCUUAUGUUCAAUUUGAACUUGAAUUUGAUACAGAACGCAAAUAAUCUUUGCUUAUUAUUUUUUUUAUUGUUUAAAAAAGAAAGAAAAUAAAACAAAAAU